AUGCCGCAGAGUCUCGUGUUUGCCGAACAAGCGCCUACUUACGUAUACCAGAACGUGAGUUUCCGCGCCACGGUCAAACUCGUCGAUGACGACCAGCAUCCGGGCAAACUCCUGGGCGUCCGCAAGAACUUGCAAGUGAUUCUGCGGUUCCACGACACGUACGACGUCGUGGACGACCGCGACGCAGCGCUGUACGUCACGUCGAACGCGCAGAUUGACCCCACUACAGGCCUCGCUGUGCUCACCAUGCGGUUACGCACGUUUACUGCCACUUGUGACGGUCGUCACUUUUGUCUCGAGGUUGGAAGUACCGAGUCGGUACCAAUCGAGUCGGUCUACUCAGCGCCAGUGAUUGUCGUGAAGGAGAAGCUCCAAGUGACGGCGCAGCCUCCAGACGUGUGGUUCAAAGACGAAGGAGGACGGGAGAAGUGCAUGCUCGUGGCGUUGACGCUCUUGCCUGCUCCCGGUGCAACGUUAGAAGACCGUGUGGUGCCGCUGGACGUCCGGCUCUUGUACGAGAGCGGGAAUGUGGUGGCAAAUCAAGGGAUUUUGCGGCUGUUUCCCGAUAUGCGGCCCAACAUGACGCGGGGCCACGUUUCGAUCUCGUUCCGGAUCGACGACGUGUCGAAGAACCAUCAGGGGCAGUCGUUUCUGCUGGAAAUUGGCCCCGAGCGACAGGACAGUAGCUCGAUGUUUCAGGACAUUGCACCAACGCGGACAGCUGUGAUUGCUGUGCGGUCGAAGCGGAACAAGCGGAAAUUGAGUGCACAAGCAGCUGCGCUGUCGAGAGUGUAUGGCUCGAGAGCGUCGCCGAGAAGCGUCGCGGGCUCGACGCCGUCGUGUACUUCAGCUUUGUAUCGUGGAAGUGGGACAGAAGGGUACGAGAUGGGUGGAGGCAGCGGGAUUGUAGAGACGCACCCGCAACGGGCUCGCAAGUAUGUGGCCACAGGCAGCGUGGCCAUGGCGUGCGGCACGAUGCACCAUCCGUUGCCGCAAUCCGCAGCGGCCUUGUCUUGGAGCAGUCACUUGAUGCAGCAUCCUCUGGCGAGCGCAGGAUCUCUCAUGCAGCCGUCGUCGUUGCAACAUCAGCAAAAUUCACCUGCACAGACGCCGGGGUCUGGUCCAGACGCCAGUCCAGGAGCUGUAGAGUGGUCGCUUGGUGGCUUUGAGAUGUAUCCAGACGGAUCGAUGAAUACUGCACGGCCAAUCUACCGUUGCCUACAUUGCCGGCGACUCAAUGAUAUCGACAUGUUAGCAGCAGGUCCUGCUCUUUCGCACAGUCCGCAGUGCGUGUUUGCGCCUGAUGGUGGGGACAAUGGCAAUGUGAUGUAUCGCUCUGAAAUGGAAGGAACACUUAUGGACCAGCAGCACCCGAUGCAGCAGCGUGGGUACGCAGCUUACCAGCACUUGGGCGACCAUAGCAUGCGUUCGAGUGCUGUGCCUUCGACUUCUAGCAUCAAGACUAGCUUCAACGGGAACAGUGUUGCAGCCGAUACGACGUCACUUGACAUGGAACAGAAUAUAGUCAACAUUACGUCCAAGCCAGGGGACGCAUCGCCAAAGACACUAGCAGCGUAUGCAACAGCAUCCACGCAGCGACCGUCUAUGACGAUCUCUCCGUACAUGAAUAAAGUGGUGACCGAUGGAAUUAUGCCCGGGGACAAUCGGCAAGACGUUGGACAUACGCCGGUAAGCGGUAAUUUAUUCGAGAGCAAUGCCUUCCACAACCAAAUGGAGAUGAUGGGUAGCAGCUCAGACAAGCUGUUUUUGAGCAAGGAUAUUGCAACCGAGGUCGAUUCGGUUCCCAGUCGGCGACAAGAAAUCAUAAGUUCGUCUUUCGGAGGUGUGAUCGGCACAUCUGCUUUUAACGAAAUGACUAGUAUGGGUAUCAACUUGGACCAGUAUGAUAAGGGCGAGUCCCAGGUGCUUGGUGAGUUUGCUCAUUUCGGUGAAAAUGGUGAUGCGGAGGCUUUGUGCGGCGAAGACCAAGUGUUUUACAUACUGGCUCGGAUGUACACAAACGCACACGAGCAGAAGCUCGGAUUACCUGCCUUCGACCGUUUCCAGCGGAUGCUUGGACUAUACAGCGAAGCAAACGAUGAUGUUCAAACUCAGGUGGUUUUCCACCCGUUGCGAGACGUCUGCUUGUCUGAUGAAGAGCGUGAGGAGAUCACGUCUCAGUUUGUGGACGAGCUGGGCUGCGACUCACAGGCAGUGCAUUCGCUGCCCAAGUACCAACACAAUGUAAUUAUGCUACGGGAGGACGCCCUCAUGUUUUACUGGAGUCAGUCGCUCGUGUGA